CACAGAUUUACUAGCCACAACACACAUGAAAGUUUUCUUUGCCACCGUUCUUAUUGCUGCCGCGGUGGCUACUGCGUCGGCCGACUCGAUGGGAAACAUGCAGACAGACUUGACGCAGCCGCCGACUGCCACUUACGCCGCUGGUACCGACACUCUCGGCUCUUCAGCAGGAACUACCGGUGGCAGCGAAACUACCACUUCGUCGGGCACUGGCGACAGCCCCAUCCAAUCCUCGGGCAACGGGUGGGGUGGUCUCCCUACCACUGGUGGUUCGACCGAGACUGGU